AUGCCUUUCUCAACUCGUCUUUGCAAUCCAUGCUUGCUUCCUGCUGAUUCAUCCAUUCUUUCGUUUGUUCAACCACGGUCAUCUUCAUCUGUAAAAUCAAUCCUUCGUCGUCAAUUUUCAAAAAAACGUUCUAUUGGUGUUCAUCAACGUUCUCAUGAAAAUCAUCAAGAAAAUUUAUCUACUCGUAAAUUUCAACGUAUAAAAGGAUCAAAUGUUGUUCGAGAGAUUAAGUUAAAUAAUAAAUCUCAAUCAAUAUCUAAAACAAUUCAAAAUUAUGAUAUGACUAUAUUUCAUGAUGAUGAACUUAAUAAUACUGGAUUAGCUAUGAUUCGUCGUCGUAAAAAGAAAAUUCCAUCUUGGGCUCAGAAAGAUCAACUUCAAUUAGCAAUUAUAAAUCAAGUUUAUUUUCAUGAAAAAAAUCCUGAUGAUAUAUUUGGUAAUGUUUGUAUGGAUCAUGUUUUCGAAAUGAUUAAUUCAAUGAAUAUUAAAAAUCAAAAACCAAAAUCAAUGAUUGUUUCACGUCAUAUUUUGUAA